UUGCUUUUAUUUUCAUCUCUUACCUUAAAAUCCCAAAACAGAACUCAAAACACAAUGACAAUGUCAAUCUCUCACUUGAGUCUCUUCCUCGUCUUCUUCUCUCUUUACACUUCACUCUCUCAAUCCUCCACCUCACUCUACCUCUCCCCCGCCUUAUUCUUCCCUAAUUACCAAAGAAUGCUCCAAUCUUUCAAAAUAUACACUUAUACCCCUCCACAACCCUUCUCUUUCACUUCUCCAGUUGAAUCACUUUUCUUCACUUCACUCCAAAACAGCCAUUUCAUAACCCUAAACCCAGAACAAGCUCACCUCUUCUUCAUCCCUUUUCCUUCUGAUCUCUCCCCGCGUUCUCUCGCGCGUGUAAUCAGAGACCUCCGAACAGAAUUUCCUUACUGGAAUCGUACACUCGGUGCGGAUCAUUUUUAUAUUUCCUGCACCGGUCUCGGCUAUGAAUCGGACCGAAAUCUCGUUGAGUUAAAGAAAAACUCAGUUCAGAUCUCGUGUUUUCCGUCUCCUAACGGUAAGUUUGUUCCUCAUAAGGAUAUAACACUGCCUCCGUUAGUUCCUAGUACUAUUCACAAGUCAUCAAAUAAAAGGAGGCCGUAUAAGGCUUUUGUAAAAUACGAUGGAGUCGAAGAGUUGAGAAGUGAUUUGGAGGUUUUGAUUGAAAGUCAGCCGUCAGAUGAGAAGACGAGAAGCGAGUUUUGUUUGUUUGACUAUGCAGCGAACAUUUCGGGGAUAGGAGAGGCGCUGAGCAGUGGGUGUGUCCCUCUGGUUAUCACUGACCGUCCGAUUCAGGAUCUGCCGUUGAUGGAUGUGUUGAGGUGGCAGGAGAUUGCGGUGAUUGUAGGGUCCAGUGAUGAUGGAUUUAAGUGGGUGAAGAGGGUCUUGAAUGGCACGUGCAGCAGAGGUGAUACGUGUGAGAGAAUGAGGAGAUUGGGUGCGGGAGCGAGUCAGCAUUUAGUUUGGAAUGAGACUCCUGAGCCGUACGAUGCGUUUCAUAUGGUGAUGUAUCAGCUUUGGCUUAGGCGUCACACCAUUAGAUACGCACGGAGAGAAUGGAUCUAAAGAUUUAAUUCUUUAUUUUAUUAAUUAUACCAAAUAAUUGGUUGACUGAGGAAUUUGUAAUCAAUUUCACUUCUCUUUGGUGGAUUAGUGGCUAUGGCAUUGAUAAUGCUGCCAUUACAUUGCUUUCAAGUUCGCCAAGGAAUGUUGUACAUGCUUAUUUUGCAAUAAACAAUACAUGUUAAGUGA